CAACACUUUUACAUUUGUAGCUCCAUGAGACCGUCAUCACUGAGAACUGUCAAGAACGCUUGACCUGUCUACCAGCCGGCAAAAUAGAACGGCAAAAAAUUAGUUGUGAAAGUAGUGAAGUCUGCACCACUAAAAAUGGUGUUCGUGGAUGCUACCCAAGGCAGUGCAUGGUGGAGGCUGGCGGCUCCUUUAGCCUUUUUAGUGGAGAAACCUGGAACAUCACGUCUAUAGGAGCCUAUGAGUUGGUGAAAGCCUGUGAUGGUGCUCUUGAAGAGGAAUGGUUCCGAGUGGUGGUGGAGUUUGGAAGCCAGAACAGUGUUGUGGCUGUGUACGUCUACUUUGAAGAAGUCUUCAUUACGGUCACCAACAAUCAGUCCACUUGGAUCAAUGGAAAGCUUCUCACUCUGCCACAGAAGCUGAAGAAUGAAGUGAUGGUUGAAUUGGUUGAAGAUUCACUCACUAUUGAAAAGAAGGGUAUCCUGAGAGUGUCUUUCAGUCUUUCACUUGGGCUUAAAGUGAGUGUGAGUGAUGGCAUGGCGCCGAAGGUGUGUGGAGCCUGUGGAAGUGACGACAAAAUAUUUGUUCUCCAGCGUCAAAGCAUUCAAAAAUUCAUGGCCAAAUGGAGAGCACUUGACUUUCCAAGUUCCCUUUGUUAAAUACGCUUGAUAUAAUGACAUGGGCAUAUCUGCAUAUUGGAAUUGU